AUGACAGAGACCCCUUCCAGCGUGGCCGCUGGCGCGGUGAGUGUGAUUUCGCUUUCCCUGCAACUCCUCGGAGGCUGCAUCAAGGGAUUCAUUCUGUUGUUUACGGCUAACAACCUCGGACAAGAUUCGUCGACGAUUAUUUGCAUGCUGCAUAUACAAGAAAUUCAACUCACCGAAUGGGGCUGGAGAUCAGGCAUUUUGCGAGAUGAGGGUAUCCUUGACCUAUGCCUUAACGCCAGGCCUGUCGAGGAGUCCCUUCGGCGGCUGCAAGAUCUACUGCUAGAUGCAAAACAGCACAAGAAGCGAUACUGCCUAGAUAUAGGAGAGAACAGCAUGCCAGAGCCGCGGUCUUCCGGCUUGAUCGAAGCUCCUUCUGAAUCGCCUUCCGUGUCCGCAGGGAGUUCGAAUGAGACACAUCGAUGGAUACUGAGAAAAGCUGGCAUUUCUCAGGAGCCUGGGAUUACGAGGCGCCUUUGGUGGGCAGACGUGGGUAAAGAAAAGGUUACUGGGCUUGUGUUCGACGUACAGUCUCUUAUUCGCAGGCUUUGGGGUUUACUCGACCCCUGGCGACAGGACGAUCUUCUUGACGCGACGAAGAGGAUGGGCUCCUAA